UUCAUAUGUGGGUAAUACCAGUAUCGACAAUGGCGAAGAAGGAAGCCAUAGUUAUUUACCCAGCACCUUGGGUUACCCAUCAUGCGUCUAUGGUGGAGUUAGCCAAUCUCCUUCACAUCCACCAGCCUUCACUUUAUAUCCACAUCCUGGUCGCCGCCAUUCCUUCCCAACCUCUCUUCUCUGCCUCCGCCUCCGCCUCCUCCGCCAUCACCUUCAACAACCUACCCACCGUCGAUCUCCAUCCACCAACCACCCACUUAGACACCCUUCACUUCGACUUCAUCCGCCUCAACAUACCCAACCUCCGCCGUUCCCUCCUUACCAUCUCCGAAAGCUACACACUCAACGCCAUCAUCGUUGACUUCUUCUGCAGCCGCAGUGCAUUUGAAGUCGCCUCAGAUCUUGACCUCCCAGCUUACUGUUUCUACACUGGUGCCGCAGGUUCUCUUGCUUCGUUACUGUAUCUCCCCACCCUCCACAACAAAUUCACCCAAAGCUUCGAAGAUUACCGUGAUCUUCUCGUUGAUAUCCCCGGCGUGCCACCGAUUUUAUCAUCGGAUAUGCCAUCGCCGAUACUCAAACGCAACGAGAUGUAUGAAAUUUUCUUAGAUAUCUCCACUUGCUUGACUCACUUAGCUGGGAUUAUUCUCAACACUUUUGAAUACAUGGAGCCAAGGGCCAUCAAGGCGAUUGCUAAUGGACUCUGCGUGCCGAAUUCCGCGACGCGUCCCCUCUACUGCAUCGGGUCCUUCAUAGCUAACGCCGCUGCUGGCGGUGGCGAUGGUGUCCCUGAAUGCUUAAAAUGGUUAGACUCGCAGCCUAGUAAAAGUGUAGUGUUUCUUUGUUUUGGUAGCGCUGGAUUUUUUUCGAUGCAACAAUUAAUGGAAAUUGCUGUUGGAUUAGAGAGAAGUGGGCAUAGAUUCUUGUGGGUGGUGAGGAAUCCUCCAUCAGAGAACCGAAACUUGGGCAUUGACGAAGAAGUCGACCCAGACCUGAUAUCGUUGCUUCCUCUAGCGUUCUUGGAUAGGACCAAAGACAGGGGAUACUUACUGAAAUCAUGGGCCCCUCAGACAGCCGUGUUGAGUCAUGACUCUAUUGGUGGGUUCGUAACUCACUGCGGCUGGAAUUCGGUGCUGGAGGCGGUGUGUGCUGGGGUUCCAAUGCUGGCGUGGCCACUUUAUGCGGAGCAAAGGUACAAUAGGGUGUUGAUGGUGGAAGAAAUGAAGAUUGCUUUGCCAAUGGAGGAGUUGGAAACUGGGUUGGUGUGUUCAACUGAGGUGGAGAAACGAGUUAAGGAUUUGAUGGAGUCGAAAGAAGGUGACUGGGUUAAGGAGCGGAUUAUAGCUAUGAAAAAUGCAGUCAGGGUGGCGGUGAACGAGGGAGGUUCCUCUCGGAUUGCGGUGGCCGAGCUUUUCAAGUCAUGGAAGCAGAAAUGAAGGCAUGGAAAAUACAGUACAUGGAUGAAUGGUUACAUUACUAAUUAACUGUAAUGAUUAGGUUCAUUUCUGCAGAUCGCUCCGGCCAUUCACCUUCCUCCGUUUCCGUGAAGACAUCAAAUGCACCUUACCUUCCAUCUUCGACCAAGCCGUAAAUGUCGAAAACUCGGACCUGAUACCGCUUUCCAGAUAUGUAUCUUUCUUACAUUGUUCAAGUUCAAGUUCAGUAUUGCAUUAAUCUUUCUUAAUUCCCGACUCUUGCCAUUGUGAGCACAACCAACCCAACUUGUUUGCACCUGUAGGCGAAACCAACACUGGUGCUUGUGUUUCCUAUUUGAAGUAGUUAAAAUUUGGGUUCCCGACAGUCAUUUGAGCAACUGACCUCACGUUGAACAAUGAGUUCAAUGAGAUACUAUGGUUGACUCAAGACCACAACCGAACCAAGCGCAUUCGACACCUUAGAUGUUUGGAAGCGAAUACCAGUACCGAUGAAACUAUAAAGACCAGUGAUUCGCCAUAUCCAUUGGCACCAAGCAAUAUCCAUGCACAAAGUGACCAAAGAAUCUUCGUCGGCUGACUCGAAUGACCUAAGGAACCGAAUGAAGGGCUUGUUAUAUAUAGUAACUAUUAGCCGUGUCCCAGACCAGAAUUAUAUUGGUUUUCGUGUUAACGGUUAUGCAUACAAACAACCCGAAGUUCUGUGUUCGAUCAGGAUCGUCCGUCG